CUCAUGGAGCUAACACUCGAUCCACAAACAAUACUUAAAUAUCACUAUAUAUAUAUAUAUAUUUUGUUCCAUCGAUAAUCGACAAUCACAAUCAAGAUGAGUAUCCCCCAAGUGGAUAUGUUGGCGGUCUCCAAGAACAGUCGCGUUCAGCGUAACCUGAUUUUGGGCUAUGUGAUUCCCGGACUCAACAUCGUCGACUACAGCGAUGUGGAUCGCAUUGAUCAGUACUAUUUGGACUGCCAGAAGUAUCGCGACUACUAUCGCGAUCCGUAUGGCAAAAUGCCCAAGCCGGAGCGGUUCCGUCACUACCAGGGCAAGUGUGGCGCCAAGUCGGACAGAUCGCUUGGGGAUAUGUUGCUGCCCCCCACAUGUCCAGUCGAGCGCAAGCCCAUUGUCUAUCCCGCUGAAUACGGCCAGCCCAUGGACUCGCACCAGAGCUACAGGACACUGCUGAGGGGCACCUAUAAUCCCAUAUCACACGCGGCAUUCAAGCGAUAGGACUACCGAACGGAACUAACGGAACUACUAAUUAUUGCGGUUAACGGUUAUCAUGUUGGAAAAUGGUUUAUGGAUUAUAUAUAAAAAUUUAAACAAAAAAUAAAAAGAAUUCUAGU